AUGCUGGAUCAGACUGUUAUAGACAAAUUGGAGGAGGAUUAUAAGUCCCUUGAUAAUGCGUUGAUCUCGGCAAUCGCGAGCGAAUAUGAUAGCGAGACCGAUGCAAGAGAAGUGUUAAACAGUCUCCAUCUCGAGGCAAUUGCCAAUGAUGUCGACUGGUCGACUUUUGAAAAUUCGACCAAGGAAGCUAUUGCUGCUCUACAACUCGAAGAAAGCUCGCCGGAUACCACAGAUAAGCAAUUGGAGGAUGUUGACGACGAACUUACAGACGACCUACGUUUCUUGAGACAGUCAUUCCCGAACAUACCUUUAGCAUCUAUUAAACACAAGUACAGAGUCAAUAAUGGAGACCUCGACAAGGUGACUGACUUAUUACUCAACCAAUCUUUAAUUGAUGAAGAGCUUACUGAGCAGGACAGAUAUUUACAAGCAUUUCCAGGUAAAUCUCGGCGCAGUCAAACUUCUUCAUCGAAUAAAGAAUUGAAAAGAGCUGAAGAAACCAAGCCCUCUAACAUCAAGACGCUUAGAUCGUUGUUAGGAGUAUCGGAAGAAAAUGCCACAAAGUUGCUAGAUGAAAAUGAUGGUUCGCUCAUGAAAAGUUUCAUUAUUGCAAACUCCAACGCAACUCCAGCGCCUGCUGUUAAACAGAUUGCUCCAUCUCAGACAUAUAAUCAGGUAGCAUCACGGCUCAACAAGAAUUCCAUCAAUUACGAGAAUAGUGGGUACAGGGCAGGUGACGUUAAAAUAUUAAGAGAAGAGGCGGAAUCAGCUUAUGAAAGGCGGCAAGAAUCCAUGGAAAAGGCAAGAGAAAUGUAUCAAAAAUCCAAAUCAAAUCCUCUUUAUAGAAGUGCCGCGGGAUAUUACGCUGGUGUGGCUUCGCAACAUGGUCAAAACGGCCACCAAGCAAUGGACAGUAUGUUCCGGACAAUGAUAGAGAGCAAGAGCUCAUCCUAUGUCAUUGAUUUUCAUGGGGUGCCAAUGCAUGUGGCCCUUGAAGUAGCUACUGAAAAGUUGCGAGACUGGUGGGCACAUGAGUCAAAAGCCCAAAGCAUUUCCUCGCUAAGACUCAUUACUGGUGCUGGUCGCCAUAGUAGUGCGGGUAUUCCCAAAAUCAAAAAUGCUAUCCGAAAGCUUUUGCGAGAGCAGGAUUGGCGUUAUGAAGAAGGUAUAUCCUAUUUUGAUGUAAUUGGCUGUAAAUAG